GUAUACCGAGGAUUGAGAGCGUCACUUCCACAUUAACUUGAGUCACUUUGCAGUUGCAAGCUGACUUGGUUAGGUAUUAAGUACGUGGCGUUGUUGAACUUCAUCUCCCGUGUUCUACUUGUACGCGCAGCGGAGCGGUCGAAAUAAAUGUUACGGAACUAACCUACAGUAAUGAAAUCGGUGUAAUUUCACGUGUCCAAAAGCAAGUGCACGGUCACAAAUCCUAACCCCUACAACGUCGACAAGAGUCUUGGGAGAUCUUUUUGCCCACGUUUAUCGCCUGGAGGUGCAACAUCGCCCGUAUACAAGAAAACCGCGGUGCAACGCCAUAUUGCUUUUCUUGCGCUCUCUCUCUCUCUCUCUUGUGCGUGCGCAACCCAACGUACGGGUGCCUGCCUGCCUGCCUACUUGAGUGCCUGCUCUCUCAACGAAACUUGCAUAGCCUAGCCUCCGCCGCAGCCAGGCGAGACGCAACGUAGUGUGGGCGCGUUUAAACCAAGUAAACUAGCGACAGCUUCCCCAAGGAUCCUCAAUUGCAGCCAUGGCCGAUAAUCAGGAACAGAAGGUGGAUUCAGGAACCGGAGACGCCAACUCAGAGUACAUCAAACUCAAAGUCGUCGGAAAUGACAGCAACGAAAUCCAUUUCAGGGUGAAAAUGACGACGCAGAUGGGAAAACUAAAAAAAUCAUACAGUGAUCGUGUGGGUGUUCCAAUGACGUCUCUCAGGUUUCUCUUUGAUGGCAAAAGAAUUAACGACGACGAAACGCCAAAGCAGUUGGAGAUGGAAAACGACGAUGUAAUUGAAGUAUAUCAAGAACAAACGGGAGGAAAACAUCAUUGAGAGUGUUUAAAGUUCCGACAGAAGCCAUGUUUCUUGAUCCUAUUUUUUACUCUGUGUAAGUGGCUGAUACAAAAAAGUGAAAAAAAAUCGUCAUAUACGACGUAUUAACAACCUAAUAAUAGUUUGAUUUUUAUCUUAAGUAAUUAUGAUCCAUUUGUAUACGAUGGGAAUGUAAAACACUAUAACCAGAUUAUUAAGAUGGAGUAAGUAAUUAUGAUCCAUUUGUAUACAAUGGGAAUGUUGAACACCACAUCCAAAUUAUUAUUUCACACACAUUCAUCCAUAAUUAUGAAAAGGAAAAAAGAAAAAAAAAUUAUAUAAAAUGAAAAAAAAAGAAAAAAAAGAACUGAAUUUUUAUUUAGAAAAAUUUUAAUUUCUUUCCACCAACAUGCAGUUCUGUUUAAUCUUCCUUUGAUAUUUCUACUUUGAUGAUUCUGCAGUAUGUGUAUUAAAAAAACUCUAUUUGAUACUUUAUAAACUGUGCCACCAUAGUACAGAUAUCAAUGAUAGAUUAAUAUUUAAAAUUAACACUGCGCAUUUGUAGAUUUAAGUUAACGAAUUAUUUCAAGACAAUUCCUUUUAGUAAUAAAUCAUUUGUUAUGUUGUAAAAAUAUUAAACAGCGACCAUUAAUGAUGCUAGUUUCAAAAAAAGUGUUGCAUUCAAACAAUAAAACGCAAUUAACGAGAAAAGUCUUUUCUUUUAUGUACAUGAAAAUUUUAAUCAUGCGAUUAAUUACGUAUUCUUUACUGGCGUAAUGUUAUCACUCGAUGUUUAAAUUUUCAUUCAGAAAACGUUACGAACUUGAUAUUAAUUUUUUUAACAUUUACGUUUUUGUCCAGAUUGCAUAAAAAAAUUAUCUAUAAGAUUUCAAAAGUACCCGUAUUAAAAUUGUACAGAAAUUUAUUGGUUACAACUAUGCUUGCUGUUUAUAUUCAUUAUCAUGUAACUGUUCAGUACCAAAGUUCUAACAAUCACUCGUUUGUAUGAAUUGGAAAUUUUUUUAAAAGUAUUUAAGUGCAAGCUAUCUUAAGUUCACUAUGUAUUACUCUUUAUUAAAAAAGAAGAAAAAAAAAAAAAAAAAAAAAAAAAAAAAAAAAAAAAAAA